AACGUUCACACGUGCGCGAAAAUGUCUGCCUGCAUGUAGCGAUGCGUAAACUUCGUAAAACAUGUUUUUGAACAUAAAAUAAUGAUUUUCUUUGGAACCCUAAACUACACACACACACACAAAAUAGCCUAUUGAAAUUUAAACCUGAAAACUGAAUUACUAAGCUGUUGGUUGGUAGUUUUAUUUAUAGUUAAUCUAUGAAAAAAUAAAAAGUAAAAACUUUUGCGAGCACAUGCUAAAGCAGCCAUUAAAUAAAUGUUGCGUAAGAUUUUAGGUAAAACGUCCACUGCGCAUUAUUUUACAAUAACGAAUUGGCCUAUAUAUUUUGUGUUUAACAUUUUGGGGGACAUUUUAGAUUAAGACCGUAUAAUCUACUCACAUUCAAAUAGACCAAACAGUGGAUUUAGAAAUGAAUUUUCUUUUUAUAGUGGCAAAUUCGCUUUACUUUAUACUCAUGAAAGCCUUUUAAAGCCUAAUCCAAAAACAUCCCUCUGGAAUCUCCCAAAUAACUUUCCUAAUCCUAAUUUGCACACGAGAAGAUACGCGGACGUCAAAGAAGCAGAACCUAAAGGUCAUGAAGCGUCAUAUAAGGACUAAACUGAGAGAAACGGUAAAAUAACACUUAAAAACAGCUAUGAAGUCCUCCUGAGAACGCAAACAUACAAUCGUAUCGAUUAUCCUCCUUAUCUCCAACUGUUUAUUUGAAUCUUUAAAUUAAACUCCUCGCUCCAGUGGAUUCCUUCAGAAUUGUGCCGUUUUGAAACGUAAUGAUAAAAAAACUUUUAACGCAGUCAGUAAAAAAAAAAAAAAAAAAGACAAAAAGUUAGCCACAGACAGUCCUGCGCAUUAUUUUUUAGGCUACUUUCUAAAAAUGUUUCAACUAUUUUACCUAAAUUCAAUUUAUCAGCCUUUCUGUGCAUUUAACCGGAUUUCAGCGGAUCUUAACUAAAUCUAUUCAUAAAUUGAAUUUAACAUGCUUAUAAGCCUAUACAUUCCUCUGAACGCUACAAAUAACAUUCGUCGUUUGAUCCAUUAGAUAAUGUCAGUAAUCCCUGCGCGUUAUCAGCCACUACUGUAUCAGCUCCUUUCAUGCUGCUCUUGAAAUUGAGUUUUAAGGCACAACCUUAGAGAUGCCAUCCUGAUUUCAUAUUAAUUCACUCCAACUGUUAGCACACAGGGAGCUCUUCCCAGCUAUUUGUCCUGGAGGAGCCCAGGGUGCCCUUUUGAUCAUUUCAAUCUCUCUCUGGUACAAUAGUUCUGAUUGGCUGAACGAGUAAGAAAAGGGAAAAUCUUUAAUUAAGCAGAUAAUCUCUUGUUGGGAUGAGAGGAGCUCCAUUUCAGAACCCCCUUGGCUCACACAUGAGACCCCCAGCCUCUGAAUUCUGGAUGUAGGUUAUAUAGAGCUCUUGCAGACCCCUCUGCUUUCCAAGGUGAAGAAAAGUCGGCCAGUCCUCUCUCUCAGGAUGUUCAUGCAUUUGGAGUUUUAUUAUUACGCUUUCAUCCUGAUGGCUCACAUGAAGUCUUGCUGCAGUUGGUCAGUGAAUAAUUUCCUGAUGACUGGCCCAAAGGCCUACUUGAUCUACUCCAGCAGUGUGGCCGCAGGAGCUCAAAGCGGGAUUGAAGAGUGCAAGUAUCAGUUUGCGUGGGACCGCUGGAACUGCCCGGAGAGGGCUCUUCAGCUCUCCACCCACAGUGGACUCAGAAGCGCAAACAGAGAAACAGCGUUUUUCCAUGCCAUCAGCUCUGCUGGAGUCAUGUAUACCCUCACCAGGAACUGCAGCCUCGGUGACUUUGACAACUGCGGAUGUGAUGACACCAGGAAUGGCCAGCGAGGUGGUCAGGGAUGGCUAUGGGGAGGCUGCAGCGAUAACGUCGGAUUCGGAGAGGCGAUCUCCAAGCAGUUUGUGGAUGCGCUGGAAACCGGACAGGACGCACGAGCCGCCAUGAACCUGCACAACAACGAAGUAGGACGCAAGGCAGUGAAAGGAACCAUGCAGAGGACGUGCAAGUGCCAUGGAGUGUCUGGCAGCUGCACCACUCAGACCUGCUGGCUGCAGUUGCCGGAGUUUCGAGAAGUGGGCAACUACCUAAAGGAGAAAUAUCACAGGGCCGUGAAGGUGGACCUGCUGCGUGGCGCGGGGAACAGCGCAGCCAGCCGCGGAGCGAUCGCGGAGACCUUCAGCUCCAUCUCGCGUAAAGAGCUGGUGCACUUGGAGGAUUCCCCUGACUACUGCUUGGAGAACCGCACUCUGGGCUUGCCAGGCACGGAGGGCCGUGAGUGCUUGAGGAAGGGCAAGAAUCUGAGCAAAUGGGAGAAGCGUAGCUGCAAGCGGCUGUGCGGAGAGUGCGGUCUGGCUGUGGAGGAACGCAGGGCCGAGACGGUGUCUAGCUGCAACUGCAAGUUCCACUGGUGUUGCGCUGUAAAAUGCGAGCAGUGCCGCAAAACUGUCACAAAGUACUACUGUGUGAAGAGGACCAAACGGGUCAUGAAUGAUAGUGCCAGCCGCAGGAAAAGCUAUCGGUUGAAGAAGAAGCACUAAAUGUCCUGAACUGUUCGCUACGGCGGUCUAGAAGUUAAGCAGAUAUUUUUGUCUCAGAAUACACCCUGAGCUUGAGAAUGAAAUGAGCUCAAAGGUCCAUCUGAAUGCUUUAAUGGACACCUAGAUGUCCAGAGCUGAUACUUUAAAUGCGUAUUUGAUCUGUAUUAUUUCACCUAAGCAUUUCAAAAUUACUCCUGUAUACAUUGUAAGAUAGCACUGAACAACGCAUCUAACCAAUAUAUAGCACAAUAGACUGUGAAUAACCUUUUCAUUCACCGACAGUGAUGUACUUUGAUGGAUAAUUUAUUGGAAUGAUCAUUUUUAAAGGAGUUUUGAAUUCACGAUUCGGGCCACUUCUCCAGCUGCCAUCAGAAUCAUUUCUUGUCUGUUUUUAGCAUUCUUAUAAUAGUUUUACCCUGAUACUGUAUAUGAACUGUAAAUAAGAGGAAGCACUUUGUAUAUUGUUAAUUUAUUGCACAGAUACUAUAGUGCUGUUUUUCUAUGAUAGUUUCUUUCUAUGUGUUUUUUUUUUAUUUUGCUUUCAUAAUUAAAAUUAUGUAAUAGGUAUAAUCUUUUAAUGUUUUCAUUCAUUUAGGUUAGAUGAAUGCAUCUGAAUUAACCGAGCCACUUGUUUGUGUAGUAAAACAUCCUUCUGCUAAUUUCUUUUGCUCAGAAAUAAAUGUGCUUCAUAGUAAUAAUAAUAAUAAUGACAUUUUAAGCGUAAAAAAUGAAAGACCAUAUCAUAAAUCCCAGUUCCACACAUUGUAAAAUUAAAUUAUUUACCGUAGACCGUUGGUCAAACCUAAUGAUUUCUUUGUCUUGGGCAUAUAUAACCCUUUUCUUUCUGUAUUCUUCAGCUUGAUGUCACAUAACCCUGGGGCAGAGAGACAAUGAGAGAGAGCAUUUAAUUAUAGUCUUCCUUCCUUCACGCCUCUCUCAAUUUCUUCUUCACAAAUGCCUUCUUUUCUGUCUUGGUAAUCCUCAAAGCACUCCCAAUGCUUUUGCGCUUGGAUGUUUCUUUACUGUUUAAGACUAGUUUAAUUAACUUUGUUGAGACAGAGGGAAAACAUGAACCAAGUCGCCCCACAAAUCAUCUAGCAUCUAAUUUUGUAUGCUAAUCUCCUUUUUCAUGCCGCCAUCUCGGGAGAAAAAAAAAAUGUUGGGAAAACUUCAUGUAGCCUGUGUUGGGCUUCCUGUGGAUGUUUUAUUCCAGGCCCACCUAUUUGGCUCUUUUCAGUCCUCUAGGGCCUUCCUUUGCUCGAUUUAACAAUGAAUGGCGAGCUAAUCAGCUCCCUCGGAAAUGCACUGCUGCUGAAGACGCUAAUCCCUCUCUCCUCCUCCUUCAAUGGGCUGUCGCCUUCAAAAGGACUUUGGGAAAAGGCUUUGCAUGGAUUCACACUGUUUGCUGAAUAGAAGUUAGUUCAAGUAUUGUACCCAAACAAGUAGGGUUUAUAAACAAAUACUUGCCAGCUACCGUCCCAUCUGCAAAAGUGCCAACCCUACAGUAAAACACAGUGACAAAACUGUGGCCCUUUAAAAGUUGACUAAAAAAAACUAAUUAAAAGUCUAUUUAUUGGUGAUAGCUUUUUCUGAUGCACUUCUCUUUGCUGUGGUUUCAAUUAAGCACCUCAUUGACAUCUUAUUUGUGAAAAUCAAGAUCAA